AAUUCUUUUCUGCAUUGCCUCGUUUCGUUGCAAGUCUGAAAAGUUUCCUUAUUGCUGUAAUCGCUGAUUUUGGUGCUGGAAAGUGUUUGACAGGGGUGGAAUCGUGCCAGUUUUCCGUCUGAGAAAGGCAGCAGCGUGAGCAGACCAUAAGAUGCCUAAAGAACAGUUUGGUUUUGAGUCGGAUAAAGACAAGGAGAGUGGAGGACAUUUCUUCACAACGUUCCAAAUCGUGCUUAUCUGCAUUGUGGGAGCCUGCGUGAUAAUCGCUGUCGGGUGCAUGUGCGCCCUCUUGCCCGACCGUUCUUGUGAGCCACGUAUCAAGCCAGAACCAACCGUGACAGAACCGCGCCUUACGACAUUAUCCCCAACUCCAACUGAAGAGCUAUGGAGUGGACGUUUAACGCACGAUCUCAUCCCAGAAAGCUAUGAGCUCUACCUCAAACCAUACCUCUAUGAUAUAGACCUUGGUGUAGGUGAUCGUAUAUACACGUUCGAUGGCAGAGUUAAAAUACACUUUAGAUGUGAAACGGCAACCACGAUGGUUACACUGCAUAUGCUGAAUAUCACCAUUCAUGAAUCCACACUAAGUGAUAGCGACGGGAAUGAAGUUGAUAUCGAAAGCAACUCGUUUACUCCCGAGUAUGACUUCGUCCAUUUUCAUGUCGCUGAGGAGCUCGUGACGGGAACAGACUACGUCUUGGAAAUCGAAUACCUCGGCGAGCUAUGGGCCGGACUCUCAGGGUUCUAUCGUAGCAGUUACGAAGAAGAUGGCGAAACAAAAUGGCUAGCCGCCUCUCAGAUGCAGCCUACAAGUGCCCGUCGCGCUCUCCCUUGUUUCGACGAACCCGACUUUAAGGCCGUCUUCCAAACCCAGAUCGAGCACCGCAACGACAUGGUCGCCCUAUCCAAUGGCAUCGAAACCAAUGUUAAUAAGAGCGAGACCGACGGAUGGCUGAUUACGGAGUACAAAGCCACGCCCAUCAUGUCGACCUACCUCUUAGCUUUUAUUGUCGGCUACUUCAACUAUACGGAAAUAUACACCGACAGUGGAAUUCGGUUCCGAGUUUGGUCACGACCGGAGGCGGUGAAUACAACAGUAUAUGCUCGUGACAUCGGAUCUAAUAUCACUACAUACUACGAAAAAUAUUUCAAUAUAUCUUUCCCUCUUGAAAAACAAGACAUGAUUGCCGUACCGGGCCUUUCUUUCUGGGCCAUGGAGAAUUGGGGUCUCAUAACAUUCCAAGAAACUGCCCUACUCUACGAUAGCAGGGUCAACUCAGCUAGCAACAAACAAUAUGUUGCUUCAUCGCUUUCUCACGAACUUACCCACCAGUGGUUUGGCAAUCUUGUAACGUGUCUUUGGUGGGAUGAUCUGUGGCUAAAUGAAGGAUUUGCCAGCUACGUUGAAGGCCUCGGUGUGGAAAACGCAGAGCCUUACUGGGGCAUGAAUGAACAAUUUGUAAAUGUGGAUCUGCAGCCAGUUUUUGACCUCGAUGCCCUAGGUACGUCUCAUCCGGUCCUAGUUCCUGUCAAUUCUCCGGAUGAAAUCAAUGAAAUCUUUGAUUCCAUUUCGUACAGCAAGGGAGCUUCGAUCCUCCGUAUGUUAAAUGACAUCCUCGGAGAAGACGUAUUCGUGAGUGGACUCAACGCUUAUCUAAUCACGCACAGAAAGGAUAACGCCAAAACUGAUGAUCUAUGGGCGGCUCUAACAGAGGCAGAUAAAGGAAUGGGUGAUAACGAUGUCAAACAGAUUAUGGACACGUGGACGCUACAGAUGGGUUUCCCCGUGGUCGAUUUCCGUCGCAUCGACGAUACCCACUUCAAUGCUUCACAGGAACAUUUCCUCAUUAAUCCUGAUGCUGGAGUCGAUGACAGAUACGGCGACCUCGGAUACCUGUGGUAUAUUUUCCUCACCUAUACACAAAAGACAGACGUUAAUUUUGAAAGGCCCAAUACUAUGUGGAUCGAAAAAGAACCAUGGGCCCUCAUAACCCUCUCAUCCCCCAUGGAAGCUGACGAUUGGUUUCUUGCUAACAUUCAGCAUUACGGAUAUUAUCGAGUGAACUAUGACAAUGAAAACUGGGCUCGCCUCAUCCAACAGUUAGUAGAUAAUCAUUUGGUAUUCCCUACCGAAAACCGCGCCCAGCUCAUCAGUGAUGCCCUCACAUUGGCCCGGGUGGGGCGUGUGGAUUACCCCAUCGCUCUUGAUCUGACCCUCUACAUGGAGAACGAGGAGGACUAUGUACCUUGGGAGGCACUCCUUAGUGUUAUCUCGUACAUCACUGAUAUGUUCAGCAGGCAUUAUGGUUACGGCUCGCUAGAGAGAUACAUGCAGAAGAAAGUCCAGACAUUAUACAACGAUCUACAAUGGAACGAUGACCCAGUAAAUGACCCUCACCUAACGCAAUUUAACCGAGUCAACGCCAUUGGCACGUCGUGUAAAUACCGCAACCAAGAUUGUCUAGACCAGGCUUCUACUCUCUUCCAAGAGUACAUGACGAACGAUGCUAACAACAUUGACAACUCACCAGAUUAUGAAAUCAACCCUAUCUCUCCUAACCUGAAGACGACGGUAUAUUGCUAUGGCAUCCAGGAAGGCGGGCAGGAGGAGUGGGAGUUUGGCUGGAGGAAAUACAAAGAAACUCUAGAUGCCGCAGAGAAAUCAAAUUGGAUUUUGGCUCUUUCCUACUCUCAAGCACCGUGGAUACUUAGCAGGUAUCUAGACUACUCCCUUGAUGUUAAUUCUGUUCGUUUCCAAGAUUCAAAUACCGUCAUCGUCUACGUUUCACAGAACUACAUCGGACGUUCUAAUGCCUGGAAUUAUCUGCGAUCUAAUUGGGAAACCUACAAAGAAUAUUACGGUGGAAGUGCGAAUCUGUUAAGUGAUAUCAUUUCAGACGUAACAGAAGAUUUUAACACCGACCUUGAAUUAGAAGAGCUUAUUGCUUUUGGGGAAGGAAACAAUUUGGGGUCUGCAACACGUGCAUACAAGCAGGCGAUAGAGGUGACAAAUACUAACAUCGCGUGGAUGAGUACCAGUGCAGAUACCGUGGCAGAUUGGUUCACGGAUAACGCCCCCGCUAUAGGAGAGUAAACAGGAUGAACGCCCUCCUCCUCCUCUUUCUUCCUCUCCUCCGCCUGCUCUUCCUCCUUCUCCUCGCUUGUCUCUAUAACCAUCACCAUCGUUAGCAGAAUAGCAUGAAGGUGGUGGAUGUUUUCAGAGUAAUGUUUAGAAUUGACAUUUCGAGAAAUGACGAGUUUGAAUGAUUAAGAAAAUGCAGUAUGAUACCUGUGAUCAUGAAAAUCUAUGAAUAAAUUGCAUCUUCCUAUAAAUAAGUUGGCAAGGGCAUACAUUUCCUAACAUGGCAAAAGGUCAUGAUUUUUUUUUGUUUAAAUGGCGACAGGUAAUGAAAACAACACAGGCUUUUGAAAACAGAUGGUAAAGUUAUCCUUUAAUGUAGCUGUUGGGAUUUGUGAUCUCUUGCUAUUUAUCAAGUAAAGUUAAACACUGUGAUGACUGCAACCAUUACAUGGAAUUGUUAAUACUGCAAAGGACAUUGACCCAGGGAUAUACCAUGCAGUACCAUUGCUUUAAAUGUAGUUAUGAGGAAAGUUGCAUGUAUAUUAAAGGUUGCUGUUGGGAGAACUAUUCCCUAGUUAGGCUUACGGUAUUGAUUUGAAAAUAUGUGUUCAAAUAAUGCAUGAAAUGAUAGUUUGUGCGAUUUUGUGUACUAUUCAAUUCAAUUCAAUUCAAAUGAACAUUUAUUUUCUUCCAUUCAAUUUGACAACAUAUUUGACAUUUGUUCAAACAAUACCAUUUAUACGUAGGGACAUAAAUAUAUUAUAUUAAUUAAAGAACUUGUAUUAAAAGGAAGAAGGCGCAAAUCUCGAUAAGCAUAGCUUGUAAUGGGUACGCCCGAAUACACAGUACAUUAUAAAUAGAAGAAAGGAAGAAAGGAAGAAAGAGGUAGGCAAGGAGGAGAAGAGGAUAGAGAGCUUGGAGAAAGAGAAAAGAAGAGGAAUGCAACAUAGUAGCAAUGGAGUGUAUGGCAUGCAUAAACAACAUAAUGGCAAGAUAUAGGUGAAGGGUAUAAUGUGGAAAUAUUAGACUGUAUUUUUAUAUAAUGUGGAAUAUAGAAAUAUUAGACUGCAUUUUUAUAAAGCAUUUUUAUAAGAUGGGUAUUGAUAUAACAGUAAUAAAAGACAUUCUUAUUGAAGAAUAAUAUUUUGAUAGUUUAACAGAAUAUUUUGAUAUGUUAAUAUUAACAAAUGUUUUUGAGAUUAACAGGAUAUAUGCACAUAUAUAUAUAUAUAUAUAUAUAUAUAUAUACACAUCAUUACAAGUACAUACAUU